UCGAGGAACCACAGCAGCACCUCCAUUUAUCCACACUUGAGGCCUUGCAACGACCUUGAUCGCGUCUGUUGACGUCUCUCCUAGGAGGUAUGCCACCCAGAUUACGGUUGCGCUCUUCAGCGCAACUAGCAGAGCUCCGGUUCGAGCGAGCCGCAUACACUUGUGGCCGAUGCCAGUAUGCUACAGUAGUAGCAACGACUCCAGCACCCUCAGACGUGCAGAUCCAUUCCUCUAUACCGACGCUCUCACGGUAUACGCCAGCAACCCCUCCUUCACACAGAAACCCCGCCUACCGCAAGUCUCAACUCCUGCGAUCCUACGUUUCCCUCCUUCAAACUACACCUCUGAUCGUCAUCUUCCAACACGGCAAUCUGAAAGCCACAGAAUGGGUCGGCAUCAGGAGAGAAUUAACGACAGCCCUUCGAAAACUGGACAAACAACUAGCUGCGCAAGGGGCGCCUUCAGAAAGCUUGAUAGGAGAAUACGUUAAGCUGCAGGUCAUCAAAACGAACAUAUUUGAGCCUGCGCUCCGAGUCGCCGAGUACUUCAAGCCAGGCGACCUCCCGCCUGAAACGCUCGAGGGUCUGUCAGGGAUAUCAUCAGAAAAGGAAGAUCCCUCGCUGACACACGCACUCUCGGUCGCCGCAUACAAAGCUGCUAAAGCACACGAGGGUGAACACGAUCUCGCCCCCGUCCUGACUGGCGCUGUCGCCAUUUUGACCUUCCCUACUGUAUCACCGCAGCACCUGAAGACCGCUUUCUCGAUACUUAGUCCGCAAGCGCCUACCUUCCCCGCACCCACAAGACGGGCAGUACCGUCCUAUUACGAUCCUCCGGUCCAGGACGGGGUGAAGAAGUUACUCCUCCUCGGAGCGCGGAUAGACGGGCAGGUGUUUGACAACGAAGGCACAAAAUGGGUUGGUUCCAUUGACGGUGGCAUUGACGGCUUGCGCGCUCAAUUGGUGGCUAUGCUGCAAGGCUUCGGCGCUGGAAUCACUACUACCUUGGAAAGUGCGAGCAGAAGUUUGUGGUUUACUAUGGAGAGCAGAAGGAACAUGCUUGAGGAAGAGCAGAAGCCACAGGAGGAGAACAAGGCGUGAAUCCAGGCAGACAAGGUGAAUGUUCAGAUAGUGCCGCGGGAGGCUUGAAAAAGCUUGACACGCUUCUGCGAUGCUGGUCGGCAGCAGUCAAACAAUACCGGGCAGGAACUGGGGAGGUACCGACACCGUCUCCCUAUGCGUGUCUCCGAGCCUGGACUGGCGCUUCGCUGAGGAACUAAUCUCUUCUGUAUACAAAGUCGGUGUUCGACAACGACCACGACAUGUUCAUUUACGAUUGUACAGGAAGUCGGACGGAACCUUAAGGCAUUGUAGAACACAAUUGA